GUUCCACAGCUGCCAGGUCAGGUGAAUGGGACAUGUUGUGUUCUCCAGCCACAUCGAUUCUGCCGGGAUCUGCAUGUGCGUCAAGCUACACGGAAUAACACCGGAAACUGCGCCAUUUUCCAACCAAAAUCAACGUCUCAUGAUUGCUCAACUAACAGCAAGACAGCCAUGAAUCAAUGAAGACGUUUUAUUUUGAAAGUUUGAACUCAAAGUUGUGUUUGCCACACAUGUUUGCUUGACAGAGGUCGACUGUUCAGGACGAUUCAGAGCUCAGAGUACAACGCGCUCCCUCACAAGAAGUUUAUAGAGGCGUAUAACUGUGUUGGAUGUUUGUUUUCCUCCUUUUUUCCACAUUCUGUCCGUUUUUCUUUGUCUUAUCUUUUACUUUUUUCUGUCAAACGUAUAAAGUUACCUCAUGAACUAGCAGUCGGCUGGUUGACCGGGGUCUGCUGCUGUCAAACUUUGGUUGACAUGGAUUUCUUGCACCGACGACGGAUGGACUGAAAAGUGUCUAUCAUUCACCGGCCAGUCAAGACUUAAAGGACUCUUUGCAACUACCUUUUUGGAACAAGUUGUUUGUUAUUUUUUUUAAAGACAUGCAAAAGUUCAACUCCACCGGUACCAACAGCAGCACGCUGCCCCGGGACGCGGAGCUCCAGCUGCGGUUAGCUGACAGCGGAGGGGCCGGGGAAGGGAAGGAAAACGGUGCUGGGAAACAUUUCCUCGCCCAACCUGAGGAGGAAAAGUUGCUUUGCACAAAGAGGAAGAUGCUCGUCGGAUUGGAUGUUGUAUGUCUUUUUAUCGCCUCCAUUCCAUUCUUUGCGUGUGAGCUGAAGGCGGUGGCUCCUUACAGGCGAGGCUUCUUCUGCGGAGACUCCAGCAUCACUUAUCCGUACUUGCCGAGAGAGGCCAUCCCUGAUGGCCUGCUCAUUGCUGGGGGUAUAAUCAUCACAGGCCUAACGAUCGCUCUGGGUGAAUGUUAUCGCGUGCGUUUCCGAGGUGUUCACUCCAGAGCUUUUGUUCGAAACUUCUAUGUGUCGUGCCUGUACAAGGAGCUUGGCAGCUUCAUGUUUGGUUGCUGUGUGGGUAUGUCUCUCACCAAUAUGGCCAAGUUAAGUGUGGGACGUCUGCGGCCCAACUUCUUGUCCGUCUGUAACAUCACAUAUGCGUCCAUAAACUGCACUCCGGGCAGCUACGUGUCACGGGUGGACUGCCCGCAGCCUAAUACAAAGAUGGUGGAGGAAGCAAGGAAGUCUUUCUUUUCCGGCCACGCUUCCUUCGCCAUGUACACUAUGCUCUACCUGGCAUUCUACCUUCAGGCACGGUUUUCGUGGCGGGGAGCUCGGCUAUUGCGCCCAUUAUUACAGUUCCUCUUAGUGAUGAUCGCUAUCUAUACUGGCCUGAGCCGCAUCUCUGACUACCGUCACCAUCCCUCUGACGUCCUCACUGGCUUCAUCCAUGGAGGACUCACUGCAUACUGGGUGGCCUUUUACAUCUCCUCCAUGUUCAAGCCCUGCACCCGUCCAGACCUGUCUCCCACUAGCAUUUCUCUGGAGAGCCCUCUGUCCAGCCAGCAAACGGUCUGUUAGCAGACACGUGCAAUCAUUCCAGGAAUCAGAAGAUAAGAGAAGAUGGACUGCAGGAAGACAGGGAGAAUGUUAGAUAGCACACAUGAGGAGGAAGAAGAGAGAAAGGGAAUCAUACUAAGAGAAGGAUAUGAUUAACGAGUACAAUCUAACACAUGCUUGUUCUUUCGAGCAUAGUGAAACACUUGCAUACAUACAUUCACAACGUUAUCUAACAUGUUCACACACUCACAUAUGUGAAAUACAAGAAGCACAUUUGACUGCAAGUCAUAGCCGUCCAGUGAAAAGAACUGCAUAGAAAUACUACAGAUAUUUUUUAUAUAAGAAAAAAAUUAAAAUGUCUAUUUUUCAAGAGGAUUUUUAGAAGCUGCUAAUGUUGAUAGUUUCCAGUUUUAACCUGUUUUUUUUUCUUUAAUAGAGGCAUUUGGUCAGUGCAUUUAGUUAGCUUCCAAACUGAAAUGUUUUGGGUGAGAGAGGUGAAAACACCAGCUCUCCUGUUUGUUUUUGACUCUCUGCUCAGCUUGGAAAAAAACACCCCCCUGCACAGCAGCUGUGAACUGAGACCACCAGACCUCAGGUGUAGAAACAGCUCUGUACCAAGUGACAGAACUGGAAGUGAAAAGGAACAAGCACUGGCUUCAACUUCUAAACAUCUUUACCUUUAGUGGCCUGUUGUGCAACUGCUCUAAUCAGACUGCCUGAAUCACUAUAACGUAACUUUAACCUAUAUGUAAGCAGAAAAACAGUAUAUUUACUGUUAUACAAUCUUAACUUUCUUAUAUUUGUAACCAAGGUAGUGCUGAGGAGGACUCUGACCUUCCACGUUACUGCCUCUUUUCUGUACUAACCACUUGACAGUGUCUCAGAGGUGGAGGUUUGACUGAAUUUUGUAACCUUUCACUUUUGCCCCUGACUCUGAGCUGCACCUUGAUUUAUGCCACUCUAACAGGAGGGGCUGCCACCCCAGCAGUCCCCCUGUGUAUCUUUAUUAAUAGCACUUGAACAUAAUGGAACUUGUAAUUGUAAUCAAUAUUAUAUUUUAUCACAAGUUUGAAUAAUCAGUGUUUGUUUCGUUAAUGGCAGACUCAUAAACUUUUGUUUGUCUUUUGUUUUCUUGAAAUGAUAAUUAUUCAAAUUGAAUGUAAAUAGCAAUGUCAUUUUAUAAACCACACAGAAUUUCAAAAGUAUUAGUUCCAGUUUUGGACAGUUUUUACAUGUUUAUUUAGUGUUUGUAUUUACGUAUGUCCAUCAGGUACGGAGAUUUACUAUUGUAUCUGUUUUAACUACUAGACUGAGCCACAGAUAUUAUCAGAAAGCUAUAUUUUUUGUGUUCCCAGUUAUUGUUAUAAUUUGUUUGUGUCGUCUGUGAAUGCCAGAAAGGCAGAAAUAACCACUGUACUCAAAAAACCAAACCAAUAAAAUGAAUGUUGAAUGUU